AGAAAAGAAAUAUAUAAUCAUGUCCUAGAAAAUCUACAUGCCAUUACGAAUCCCUAAAUUUUCUCUCUCUCUUUCCCGAUAAAAACUUAAUUCGAAUCCCAAGUCCCUCCCCGAUUCCUCCCACUGCCUUCCAAUCGGCAAUUCCUUCCAUUUCUCGGGCAUGGGGAGGACUCUCAGAGAGAUCAGCUUGUCUUCCGCCGUAUCGUCAUCCUCUCCUCAAGCUACGACGUCCAUUUCGAAGACGGAUACAGUGAACGGAUCGCAUGAGUUCAGAAUUGCGGGAUAUUCACUGUUGAAGGGGAUGGGAAUUGGAAAGUACUUAGCGUCGGAGACUUUCGUGGUUGGGGGAUACUCGUGGGCGAUCUAUUUCUAUCCGGAUGGGAAGAGCCCCGAGGAUAAUGCGUCGUACGUUUCACUCUUUAUUGCGUUGGCGAGCGAUGGGACUGAUGUGAGGGCGCUGUUUGAGUUGGCCAUGUUGGACCAGAGCGGGAACGAGAGACACAAGGUGCACAGCCAUUUUGGGAGGAUUCUUGAUAGCGGACCCUACACGCUUAAGUACCGUGGUAGCAUGUGGGGAUACAAACGUUUUUUCAAAAGAAGUGUCCUUGAGACAUCUGACUUUCUCAGGGAUGAUUGCCUCCAAAUUCAAUGUAGUGUUGGAGUUGUUAAGUCAUGCACAGAGGGGCCGAAGAUAUACUCCAUACCAAUGCCACCUUCUAACAUUGGUCAGCAGUUUGGGCAACUGAUGGAAAGUGGAAAGAGAACUGAUGUAAACUUUGAAGUCGAUGGGGAAGUCUUUGCUGCUCAUAAGUUGGUUCUUGCUGCUCGUUCACCUGUAUUCAGGGCCCAACUUUUUGGGCCUAUGAAGGAACACAAUACUCAGCAUAUUAAGGUUGAAGAUAUUGAGCCACAAGUUUUUAAGGCUUUACUUCAUUUUAUAUACUGGGAUGAAUUACCUGACUUGCAAGAGCUUACUGGUAUGAACUCAAAGUUGGCUUCUACUUUGAUGUCUCAACAUCUGCUUGCAGCUGCAGACAGAUAUGGUCUGCAGAGGCUCAGGUUGCUGUGUGAGUCCAAUUUGUGUCAAGAUGUUGCGAUAAAUACUGUGGGAACAACGUUAGCCUUGGCAGAGCAACACCAUUGUUUCCAGCUCAAAGUUGUGUGUCUCAAAUUUGUUGCUACGCCUGAGAAUUUGAAAGCUGUGAUGCAAACGGAUGGUUUUCAACAUCUGAAGAACAGCUGCCCAUCUGUCCUGGGCGAACUCUUGGAUUAUGUGGCCAGAGCUGGUGAGCAUUCUGUCAUCGGGCGGCGCGGAAAGGAGGUUAUCUUUGAUGGCAAUGAUGCCAAUGGAAGGCGGGUGAAGCAGCGGAUAUAACGAUGAACAUGUCAUUUCUUUACAUCCCACUGACUCAUGUAAAAAAAGGGGGAAAAUAAUAAUUAUCUAGAAAGAUAACAGUUUAGUAAAAAUUUUGUUUGUAAUGUAUUUGUUCAUUUAGCUUCAAUGGUUUUCCACUUUUCCCACUCUUGGAGAAGAGGGUUCUUGUGUUGUGUAUAAAGGUUGUAAGCAGUUGUUUGUGCUUUGCUCUUGCUCUGUAUCCCUUCUUCUGUGCUUGUUUUGGUCAAAAUAUUGCCAAUUUGGCUGGCCUCUUUGAA